AUGGAAGAAAAAAAUAGCGAUAAUUUUAUAAACACCGAGCGACAACUAUUAAAACUUACACGAAGCAAAAUGAAAGCGAUUCCAGAGAAGGGAAAUCUUGAGAAAAUCAUUCGACAUAAAGAAGCGUUGGGGAAAAUUGUGAAAGAAUUAGAAGAUCUUAAAAUACAAGGCGAAAAGGACAAACUACAAGACGGGGAAGCGAUCGAAGAUGUUCAAACAUGGGGAGUCGAUAUCGAAGGCGAGAUUGAUGAGACGGAUUGCAAAAUGUCACACUUAAAUCAAUAUUUAACAGAAGCCGAGGCGAGGAUUGAGAACGAGAAAUGUGAAAAGGAGAAAAUAUUGCUAAAACAACAACGGGACGAAGAACUGUAUUUCAAAAAAUGUAAACUGGACCAAAUGGCUAGCUUGGGUUCGGUUAGUGUCAAGUCAACAAAGCCAGAACAAGCAAGGGUGAGCAGUGUUAAAAUGCCUAAGUUAGUAAUAACAAAGUAUGGUGGUACAUAUGAAAGAUGGCUGUCUUUCUGGAAUAAAUUUGAAGCUGAAAUAGACAAUACAGACCUCCCAGCUGUAACCAAGUUCGCUUACCUAAAGGAACUAUUAGAGCCCCACGUGUGUGACGAGAUUGAUGGGCUACUCUUUACCAUGGAGGGGUACACAUUUUGA